AUGCUCGAUAAGUCUAUGGGACUCACCGUCGACUGCGCGGCCUACGAUGUUGAAGACUCCGUUACGCCCGAUCUGAAACAGAGCGCGCGACAUGGACUCCGUGAUUUUCUCAAUACGACGCGGCCAAAGGGCAUCAUUAAUGUGAAGGGAAUCUACUACGGAACUGCUGCGUUGAUGCCUCGACUCUUGAAACAAGGCCAGGGCGGUGUCAUGCUCAACGUUGCCUCCGUGGGGGCGACAAGACCUCGUCCAGGCCUGGUCUGGUACAACGCUUCCAAAGGAGCAGUUUGGAAUGUGACGAAGGGUCUUGCGGCUGAAUUUGGACCGCACAAGAUUCGCGUCAACUCUGUAAGUCCACUACUGGGAGCCACUGGACUAUUCGAGGCAUUCUCUGGAGUCCCCGACACGCCGCCAGAGAACAGGCAAAAAUUCCUGGACAACGUUCCACUCAGGCGACUUUGCGAAGCUGAAGAUGUGGCCAAUGCUUGUGUGUACUUGGCAUCAGACGAGGCCAGCUUCAUCACCGGUAUUAAUCUCGAGGUUGACGGAGGCCGAGCGGUUUGA